CUCAAGAAAUUCCCAAUGUCAGAAAUCGAGUUCUUUUUACCGCAGUUAUGGUAAAGGUUAUGAGUUAUUCGCUUUUCAAAGCUAUUUCUGAAUCCCAAGCUUACUUUGUCGAGCUGCCUGAAAUUGGUCAUUUGUUAAUUAGUCGACCCACUGAAUCGGUGGCUUUAGAAUAUUUUAUACUAGAAUAUUGUGAAAAGUCGACACAUAUGGCUAUACUGACAUUAUGGUAUCUUCAAGCAUAUCGUUCAGAUUUGUCUGCCAAUCCAUCAUCACCUGCCUUCACAGUAUGUAAACGUGUACUGAACAAAUGUCAAGAAAUAGUAUUUAAGGAAGAACGAGAUGAAAAUGAUAAAGUUACUGCUACUGGAACGCGAGGAAUGUUCCCCCGACAAGUUCGUGAGAAUACUUUCCCUGCUCUUGUUGGGAUGGGUGCGAUGCUUGCUGGUAUCGCUGCACCAAUGCUAACAAGGAGUGCUGGUCAAAUUGCUAUAGCACAAGGAAGACGAACAAGAACUUUUAGUAACGUGUCAGGUGGGAUUGCUAGGAGACGUACUUAUUCUGGAAAUGUUCGAACUCCCAAACAAUCCGAAUUUCAAAAUGACAAUGUAUCAAAUGAAGAUUCCACUCAGCUUUUGAAUGACAGUUCAACAGUGUCAACAAAUGAAGAUAAAAAAUUAAAUGAGGAUCUGCAUUACAUGAACAAAUGUGAUGACUUAGUAUCAACAAAAGACGUACUUGUGACUGAAGAUAACAAAGAUGAAGUACAUGUUAUUAAGGAUGAACAAGAUGCUUCUAAUAUUAAUGGACAAUCCAAACCAAAAUUUAUCAAAGGUCAUAAGAAAAGCUUAUCACGACCAGCAUCUUCAUCUCUUCCACAUAGACAUAAUGGACUGGGCAAUACUAAGUUUACAUCUCCAUCACUUGAUGAUUUGCAAAAAGGAAAUGUUUUUUCAGUGAAACAAUAUUUGUCAAAGAAUUCAAAACCUCGCCCACAAUCUGCAGAUUAUCCACUAUCUAAUCUUACUUUAUUAGAUGAAUUAGAGGAACACAGUCCUGAACGGCGAAGACGCCUUCUCAAGGGAAAUUAUUUCCAAUCUGAACCGCAAUUCCUAUUAGCGCUCCAAGAUAUUUCAACAAGAUUAAUUAUUGUUCCCCGAGAAGCAAGACAAAGCACUUUAAGGGCGGAACUAACAUUAUUAAGUCACAAUUUACCAGCAGAAAUCUGCAUACCAUUAUGGUGCCCGGCAACUGCAGAGAAUCCAUGUCAUCAUCGUGUUGUUAGGAUAUCGCCAGCUGAGGCGGUUGUGUUAAAUUCAGCUGAACGGGUAUAA